AUGGUGGCGACGAUCUACCAGCUCAAGACGAUCACCGAGUACGGCGCAACGCGCACCGAAUCCACCGCUAUCGCUACUGUAUCGGCCACUGGAACGUUACUGGGAAACGCGGAAGCAUACACGAAACCUUCGACGACCUACCCGGAGCCGACAUGGCGAAGCUCGACGACAACUACCCCACCCCCGCACUCUGUAACGGAGCCACCGGACGAGAGCGGCGACUCGGCUGAUCCCAGUGACCCGUUCGACAUCGACACGUCCGCGGUUGUAUCAGUCCCCAACGCGGCGGAGGUGACGCCCUACACAUUCCCGAAGUCCAGUCUCCAGCCUCCAGAUAAACCUGUUGUGUCAGAUGAGGUACCGCCCGUACCGCCACCUGUGCCUCCCAAACCGGUCAGGAUGCCGAGGCCUGUCCCGCCACGGCCGAUCGCGAGAACUACACUAGAGAAGUUGGAGGCUGAGGCAAGGGGUCCCAGUCAAGUGAAGUGGCUGCCUGCAUCACAGUUGGAGAGACGAGCUAGAGUAGAGAGGCGGCGUGGUGAUGGGACACGGGGAAUUGAGAAACGCCCAGAUAACCUCCGCGUCCAGAACCCCGAUCCGGAGCCGGAUCCUACGCCUCCGCCCUAUGAUCCAGCCUGGUCAGAGGGGCGUCAUUGA